AUCCGCGCUCUCUUUAUUGUGCAAAUCGUCCGGUUUACUUUCAGCCAUCCGACGUUUUUGUUCGUAAAAAUUUAUAGUUUCUGGAAAUUUGUGUACUUUUUAAAAGUACGGUUUUAGAGGUAUUUGUUGGUGUGAGUGAGUCUUCGCAUAUCUUGGUUUUGGAACAGAGGUGAACAAAGUUUGUUAAUAAUGUCUGGCGACGAAGGUUCCAUGAUAAUUGACGACGAGGAUGACAUUGACGAUAAGCAUAAAAUAGCAAAGGACACUAAGAAAGAUGUGUCGAUAGCUCUGCCAACAACAUCAGCAAAAGCAGCGACCGCUGCCCCCAGCCACGAUAAGGAUGAUUCUAACGUUCCUUGGAUUGAAAAAUAUCGGCCUCAUACGUUCGACGAGAUUGUUGGAAAUGAUGAAACGAUUGCGAGGUUGGCAAUUUUCUCACAAAAUGGCAACAUGCCUAAUUUGAUUCUUUGCGGCCCUCCUGGUGUGGGUAAAACGACCACAAUUCUUUGCCUUGCUCGGAUUUUAUUGGGAGAUGCUUUUCGCGACGCCGUACUGGAGUUAAACGCAUCAAGUGAUAGAGGAAUUGACGUGGUGAGAAAUAAGAUCAAAUUAUUUGCACAACAAAAAACGUCAUUGCCCCCAGGACGGCAUAAAAUUAUCAUUUUGGAUGAAGCCGACAGCAUGACUGAUGGGGCUCAACAAGCCCUUCGCCGGACGAUGGAACUUUACUCCCAAACAACCAGAUUUGCAUUAGCGUGUAACACGAGCGAAAAGAUUAUUCCACCAAUUCAGUCUCGUUGUGCAGUGAUUCGUUUUGGGAAAUUGAGUGAAGCUCAAAUUUUAGCCAAAAUUAAUUCCGUUUGUGUGGCUGAAAAUAUUAAUUACUCGGAUGAAGGAUUGGCAGCGAUAGUUUUCACUUCUCAGGGAGACAUGCGUCAAGCGUUAAAUAAUCUUCAAGCAACUUAUCAUGGGUUCGGGACAAUUACUCCGGACAACGUUUUCAAGGUAUGUGAUGAACCAUCGCCUCUCGCCGUGCAACAAAUGCUAGAAAACUGUAGAGAUGGGUUGAUUGAAGAUGCUUAUAAAACGCUAAGUGACCUGUGGAAAAUGGGAUAUUCUCCGGAAGACAUUAUCUCAAAUAUUUUCCGUGUUUGCAAAAAUCUAGAACUUCGAGAACAUGCGAAAUUGUAUUUUUUGAAAGAAAUUGGAAUUACUCACAUGCGGAUUGUCGAAGGUUCGGGUACAUUCCUACAAAUGACUGGACUCAUCGCACGACUUUGCGCUAUUGGCGAUAAGUUUAAAAAACCUUAACUUUGCUGUUAUUGAUAAUUAGUUGAGUUAUUUUACAUUUCUUUAAUGUUUUUUUACUCGGAAAACUUUGUCGAGUUUACUGUACAAGAUUUCAAUUCCUAAUAAAGUUACAGAUACAAGCAACCCUGAA